AUGAGUCCUCGACCAGAAGAAGAUGUGGACUACUUGGGCAUGAGCUCUUCCAAUGACGACAACGACAAUGACGAAGAGACAGGAUCAUUUCACGGCACGCAAUUCCAGGCAAUCCACUUUUCCAUUGACGAAAAUUCUCCCUUGUUGGGUCUGGACAAGCCGGCGCAUUCAAAUCCUCCGCAGUCAGCUGAGUGUUCCUUGCUUUCUGGCUGUCAACGGGCAUGGCAAUGGUACGAAGCGCAACUGGAUCAAAUGCCCAUUCUGACCAAGUCUCUGACUUCCGCCAUUUUAACGGGAGCUGGAGAUCUGGCCGGUCAACUCAUUCAAGAGCUGUCCAUCUUUAGUAGCAGUAGUACUGGUAGUACCAGCAGUGGUAUAUGGUUUGUCCAUUUGGAUCUGUACCGAACAAGCUGCUUCUUCUUGAUGGGGUUACUCUUGCAAGCUCCCAUUACACAUUACUACUAUGUCCUAUUGGAUGCCAAACUUCCUCCUACCCCAAAUCCCUGGACACGCACCACCUUUCUCAAGUUGGCCAUUGAUCAACUCAUCUGGGCGCCACUCUUUACUUUGGGGGUAUUUUUCUUUUUGGAUACUCUACAGGGACAGAAUGCUGUGCAACACAUACAACAUGAUUUUGUCAUGACCAUGCUGGCCAAUUGGAAACUGUGGGUGCCAGCUAGUCUCAUCAACAUGGCAUUUUGUCCACCACAGCUACGAGUUCUAUACUGCAAUUGCAUAUUCUUUGUGUGGUCCAUUUGUCUCUCCAUACUUCUCAAUGGGGAUUCUUCUUCUCCAACAGCAACAGCAACAACAACCAUCACAACAACCAUAGAGGAGGCGCAGGAACGGUGGACAGUGUAG